AUGUCUGCUCCUCCACCGUAUGAACAGAAGCCAUAUCCACAACAGCCAUAUCCUCCACAACCGUAUCCACAGCAGCCAUACCCUCCACAACAGUACCCGCCACAGCCCGGAUUCAAUCAGCCUUACUACCCUCCUCCAAACCAGGGAUAUCCUCCUCCGCAGCCCGGUUACGGUUAUCCUCAGCAACCGCAAGUUGUGUAA